AUGGAUUCGAAAAACGAGUAUAAUAAUGUUGUUGAGAAUAAUAGUCUGUUGGAACAUAGAAAAGUUUCUAUAGGGUUACCAUAUAAAAUUCAUCUACAAAGAGAAAUCAACGACAAUAAGAUAUUCUUUGGAGAGAAUGGUUCAGAUGCAAAAUUAGAAAUAACGAAUCUCCAACUUUUCAUACCCGUAAUAACACCAUCAAUUGAAGUAGAAACGAGAAUAUUCAACUCGUUAACUAAAGAUAUUGAAAUAGCUUUUCUUCAUCGUAACACAGUAGGUAGCAUGACUUUAACGGGAGAAUCCACCACAUGGCCAAUCACCAACACUAUUAAACCAGCAAGAUAUUUAAUAGUUGGUUUCAAGAACUUACCAGAUUCUCAAACGAAUAACAAUAAUGUCUUUAGAGUGGCAAUGAACCAAACUCAAGAUCCUUUAAUCCAUAAAGUUCAAGUAAGAUUAAAUAACGAUAAUUAUCCUAACCAACCUUUAACAAUUAAUCCAACCACAAAGGAUUAUAAUGAAUUGUAUAGAAACUAUAAAAAUAUGUGUGAAUUAUUUGGAAAUCUACCUCAGUUUGAAUAUGUAGAUUUUGCACUUAAUCAUCCAAUCUUCUGUUUUGAUCUAUCAGCUCACCAAGAAGAUCUUUUCAAAACAGGAGUGAACAUAAAUAUUCAUAUUGAAAAAACACAAGGAGAUGUAACAGGUUAUUGUUUAUUAUUGGAAGAAGCAAAACAUUUAAUUAAAAUAGCAGAUAGAAGAAUGAUAAGAAUUGAGUAA